AUGGCGAUCAGCAUUGCCUUCCUCGCCGUCGCCUUCAGCGCUGGUGGGAGAAUUGUCUUCUGCCUCCCUGCUCUUCUCCCGGUGCAUGUUCGCCCUCCCCACCAAUUCCACCCCCCCCUCCACUUCCUCAUUUCUCCCCACUCCCUACCCCCAUAUGCUACAUCUCACCCUCUCACAGGCUACGGCGAGUUGCUGAGAACUGGGUUCUCCACCAUCGUCUUUGCCGCCGAUCAGACGGCCCUAACCUUCGCCACCACUAGGCGCACGGUGCCUCUGCAUGUCCAUGGGCUCCUCAUGCCUGCUGACGUGGCGGCCGUGUGGCGCGGGCCCAUGGUGAUGUCGGCGGUGGCGAAGCUUGUAAGGGGGACGGAGUGGGGGCGGCUGGACGUGUUUGUGGUGGACAUGCCGCCCGGCAUAGUGGAUAGUGACUCCUACCCACUGGCCCAUUCUCUUCUUUUGCUCUCAUCUAUCCACCCCUCCACUAUCCCAUUCGUCCACCCUUCCACCCUCCCACUCUUCCAUUCAUCCACCCAUUCACCCUCCCACUCUUCCAUUCAUCCACCCAUUCACCCUCCCACUCUUCCAUUCAUCCACCCAUUCACCCUCCCACUCUUCCAUUCAUCCACCCAUUCACCCUCCCACUCUUCCAUUCAUCCACCCAUUCACCCUCCCACUCUUCCAUUCAUCCACCCAUUCACCCUCCCACUCUUCCAUUCAUCCACCCAUUCACCCUCCCACUCUUCCAUUCAUCCACCCAUUCACCCUCCCACUCUUCCAUUCAUCCACCCAUUCACCCUCCCACUCUUCCAUUCAUCCACCCAUUCGCCCUCCCACUCUUCCAUUCAUCCACCCAUUCACCCUCCAACUCUUCUAUUCAUCCACCCAUGCACCCUCCCACUCUUCCAUUCAUCCACCCAUUCACCCUCCCACUCUUCCAUUCAUCCACCCAUUCACCCUCCCCAAUUCGCCCUCCCAUUCUUCCAUUUGUCCACCCUGGAGAGAAGAGACGUGAUUCUGAGCUGCAUCAUGGGGGCUGCACAGUGGGAGAAAAGGCGGUGGUGGGAGUGGGAGGGCAGUGCAGAGAGCUGUGCAUGGCAGCAUGAGUAUUCCGCCCCGUGCCAUCUUUCCCGUCUGCCAAUCGCAUUCUCCCAUGCCGUGUCCCUCUCGUGCUUUGCCACUUCCCAUGCCCUGCCUCCUCCUAUGCACGACAGGUGCACGAGUGGACUCACCUCCCUCACCUUGCUGGAGGUGAGGCGCAUUGCUGCUAAUGGCGCGCCUGUUAGUUCGUCUUCCCGCUCCUCCCACGUCCGGCAGGCAGGUGGGGGCAGGCGAUGGUCUGCUGGUCUGCGAGCUGCAGCAGUGCUUGCAGGAGGAGGGUCUAAGCAGGCCAAUAAUGACGAGAAGGGGAAGGCAAUGGAGGGGGAUGGGGAUGGGUGGUAG